UGUGGGUUUUAUUGUAUAAAAAUUGCCAAUUUCAGGAACAGGUUCUUCAUCUACCUGAAAGUAAAAAUUGACAGGAUGGUGCCCUGGCUCUUGUUGGGGUCAGGGAUUUUAGCUUUGACUAUUGGCAUCAUUGCCUACGACAUCGCUGAUAAACCACACUGCAACAACCGCAAUUCCACCGAACAAGGAAAUUUUGGGAAAGCAAAUAUCAAAAUGGAUAAACAUUUCUUCCCUUCUUUUUUUCUCAGUGGAUUUGGAUAUGCUGCUUCAUUCAUGGCAGUCAUCUUCUCUGCUGUUUUCCUUCUCUUCUCCCUCUGGACACACAAACGCAAGAUGCAGAAAAACUCCAUGAAGGAUCUCAGCAUGGAUGCCCACAUCAGAGCCAUGAAAUCUAUUCUUUCCUUCUUAGUGAUGUACAGCAUCAACUUUGUAUGUUUGGUCUUAAAUAUGGUUUAUGUCACAAAGAAGAGAAGCCAUAUGUCAUUUCUCAUUUUAGUAUUUCAGUACACUUUUCCAGGAGUUCAUUCCCUUAUUCUGAUUUUCAGCAAUCCCAAAUUAGAAAUGACACUGCUAAAGAUUCUUCCCGUAGAAAGAUUUGUGAAGCACAAGGUUUGCAUGAGUUAGGAAUUGUAAUAAAA